GUGACCGUGGAGGGAACUCGCGAGCUUGGGUGGCUCCCAGGACCGGAAGUGUUGGGGGAAGGCCGGAAGUGAGGGGGCGGAGCCAGGAAUUGAGGAGGGGCGGGGGUUUAUGAGGAGGCCAAGGGAGCGUUGGGGCAGAUUUGCACUCAGGGCCACCUGAGGUACUUGGCGGUAGCGCUGAGCUGUGUCCCCUCCCCUCUCAGGGACACGGUUGUCGUCUGGGAGAAAGGAACUCUGUGUGGAGGGGUGGGUUGUCCGGAGGACGUUUCUCUGGCUGCGCUUGAGGCAAGGUGUGGAGAGGCAGGGCUGGGGGUGGGGCCGGGUCGUCAGGGAGUCUGAGAGGGAAGACCCCCCGCCCCCCACAGCCCAUCUACCCCGGCUGACUGGACACUAAGAUGGCUGCCGUUGCUAUGGCACCCAACCCUGUGCAGACCCUUCAGGAGGAGGCGGUGUGCGCCAUCUGCCUCGAUUACUUCACGGACCCCGUGUCCAUCGGCUGCGGGCACAACUUCUGCCGAGUGUGUGUAACCCAGUUGUGGGGAGGGGAGGAUGAAGAGGACAGGGACGAGUUAGACCGGGAGGAAGAGGAGGAGGAGGAAGGAGAGGAGGAGGAAGUGGAGGCUGUGGGGGCCGGUGGGGGGUGGGACACCCCCAUGCGGGAUGAAGACUAUGAGGGCGACAUGGAGGAGGAGGUCGAGGAGGAAGAGGAGGGUGUGUCCUGGACCAGUGGCAUGGGCGGGUCCAACCGGGACAACAUGGACUACGUGGGGGAGGAGGAGGAGGAGGAGGAAGACCUGGACAACUACUUGGGGGACAUGGAGGAGGACCUGAGAGAGGAGGAUGAGGAGGACGAGGAGGAAGUGCUGGAGGAGGACGAGGAAGAGGAGCUAGAUCCCGUCACCCCCCUGCCCCCUCCUCCAGUCCCUCAGAGGUGCUUCACUUGCCCCCAGUGCCGCAAAAGCUUCCCCAGGCGGAGCUUCCGCCCCAACCUGCAGCUGGCCAACAUGGUCCAGGUGAUUCGCCAAAUGCACCCAACCCCUGGUCGAGGGAGCCGUGGGCACGAGCAGGGCAUUUGUCCCAAACACCAAGAAGCCCUGAAGCUCUUCUGCGAGGUGGAUGAAGAGGCCAUCUGUGUGGUGUGCCGAGAAUCCAGGAGCCACAAACAGCACAGCGUGGUGCCAUUGGAGGAGGUGGUGCAGGAGUACAAGGCCAAACUGCAGGGGCAUGUGGAACCGCUGAGGAAGCACUUGGAGGCUGUGCAGAAGAUGAAGGCCAAGGAGGAGAGGCGGGUGACAGAGUUGAAGAGCCAGAUGAAGUCAGAACUGGCAGCUGUGGCCUCAGAAUUUGGGCGGCUGACACGGUUUCUGGCCGAAGAGCAGGCAGGGCUAGAGCGGCGCCUCCGAGAGAUGCACGAAGCUCAGCUGGGGCGCGCGGGAGCAGUGGCCAGCCGCCUCUCCGAGCAGGCUGCCCAGCUGAGCCGCCUGCUGUCUGAGGCCCAAGAGCGGAGCCAGCAGGGGGGCCUGCGGCUGCUCCAGGACAUCAAGGAGACUUUCAAUAGGUGUGAAGAGGUACAGCUGCAACCCCCAGAGGUCUGGUCCCCUGACCCGUGUCAACCCCAUAGCCAUGACUUCCUGACAGACGCCAUCGUGAGGAAAAUGAGCCGGAUGUUCUGUCAGGCUGCCCGAGUGGACCUGACGCUGGACCCUGACACGGCUCACCCGGCCCUGAUGCUGUCCCCCGACCGCCGGGGGGUCCGCCUGGCAGAGCGGCGGCAAGAGGUUGCUGACCAUUCCGAGCGCUUCUCGGCAGACUGCUGUGUGCUGGGGGCCCAGGGCUUCCGCUCUGGCCGGCACUACUGGGAGGUAGAGGUGGGCAGGCGGCGGGGCUGGGCGGUGGGCGCUGCCCGUGAAUCGACCCAUCAUAAGGAGAAGGUGGGCUCUGGGGGGUCCACUGUGGGCAGCGGGGAUGCCAGCUCCUCCUCUCGCCAUCACCAUCGCCGCCGCCGGCUCCACCUGCCCCAGCAGCCCCUGCUCCAGCGGGAAGUGUGGUGUGUGGGCACCAAUGGCAAACGCUACCAGGCACAGAGCUCAACGGAGCAGACACUGCUGAGCCCAAGUGAGAAACCGCGGCGCUUUGGCGUGUACCUGGACUAUGAGGCUGGGCGCGUGGGCUUCUACAAUGCGGAGACUCUGGCUCACGUGCACACCUUUUCAGCUGCUUUCCUGGGCGAGCGUGUCUUCCCUUUCUUCCGGGUGCUCUCCAAGCGCACCCGCAUCAAGCUCUGCCCUUGA